AUGUGCUGCCAACGACAGUUAUGCUUCUAUUGGUGGCUUUACUCCCUAAUUAUCACAAUAUUUGCUGAUCGUUAUGAUUUCCAAUAUCCAUCAUCAGCAUCAUCAGCAUUAUCAUCCUUAUCAUCAUCAUCUUCUUAUUUUCGAAGGCUAAAUAACAGAGAUGACUUAGUUCGUGAACGUGAUGGGAUGCAUCGAAUUAUGAAAAUUUAUCAUUAUGAUAAUUUAACUGAUUGUGAAAGUGCUUGUGAAAUACCAUGUGGUACAACGUACGUGAUCCGAAAUGACGUUGACGAACGGCGACAAUUUAUUUGUAUGAAACGCAAAGCACCCAUUGUUUCAGCAUUUAUUAAUAUUAGCACUACGGGCAUUAUUCCAUUUAUUUUAGCCGCUGCAUUGAUAUUAUGUGGUUUGUUGCUAAUUACGUGUUGUUGUUGCAUUCGUUGCGGUUGCGCAUGUUGCCGACGAAUGUGUCAUUCUAGAAAUUCAUCCAAUGAUCCACUGGUGAAUGGUGAAUUCAGGGAAACGCUUGAUUCGAAGGACAUCGGAUAUUUGAAGAAAGAAGUUGACAGGAAGAUUAUUACUGUAUAA